CGCUGCGGUAACGGCCGGGACGGGGCUCCCGGGGCUCGCCCCGUGCUCGGGAGCUCCCGGUGACGCUCCCGCUGCUGCUCCCGGUGCUGCAGGCUCGGCGGAGGCGGCGGCGGCGGCCGCAGCCCAUGCGGGCCCGGGCGGCGGGGACGGCGGUGACGGCGCGGGAGCUCUGCGAGAACGAUGACCUGGCCACGAGCCUCGUGCUGGACUCGGUGCUCGGCUUCCGAACGCACAAAAUGGGCGUCAGCCCGUUACCGGCGCUGCGGGCGGCGGGAUGGCAGCUCAAGCGGCCAUCGCGGGCGUUCAGCAGCAGCCGGGACCUCGAGGCCGCCUGGCGCGACGCCAGCGCCGCCUGGGCCCCGGCCUUCUUCCGCCAGCGGCGCCCGGCGCAGCGGGCAGCGCUCAAAAACCACGUGUUCCGGUACCUGCGGACGCUCCUGCCCGAGAGCGGCUUCAGCAUCCAGCGCUGCACGCGCUACAGCCGCGACACCAACGGGGCCAGGGUGGUGGCAACCCGCACGUGGCAGAAGCACGAGACGCUGGAGCUGCUGGGCGGCUGCAGCGUGGAGCUGCGGGGCUCGGACCGCGCGCUGCUGCGGGCGGGCGACAACGACUUCAGCCUCAUGUACUCCACCCGCCGCAGGAGAACCCAGCUCUGGCUGGGGCCCGCCGCCUUCAUCAACCACGAUUGUCGGCCCAACUGCAGGUUCGUGUCGGCGCCGGGCGGCGCGCGGGUGCAGGCGCUGCGGGACAUCCCCCCCCGCGCCGAAAUCACCUGUUUCUAUGGCGACGGCUUCUUCGGCGAGGGCAACCGCGGCUGCGAGUGCCGCACCUGCGAGAGGCUCGGCAAGGGCGCGUUCCGCGGCCGCGGG